CUUCCUUUGCGCAUGCGCAGUGCGGUAGGGCUCCAGCACAUUGGAAGUGUCGGAAGUUUAGCUGCAGUGAUUAGCCUCGCUGGCUAACAUUACCAUCAAAAACUUGAUUUUCUGCGGCAAAUAAGCGCGUUUCGACGGACGUCUCCGGCCCGCAGUGAAGCCUGUGGUGUGUGGAUGGAUGAGAGCUGUUUUUCUGGGUGUCGGUGGCUCUGACGGGGGCGUUACAGAGCUUUGAAAGAAGUUGUGAUUGUUUUUUUUUGGCGCUCUGGCAGCGCAGAGGAAAGAUGGAGGAUCUGCGGGUGUAGCAGCGGCUAACGUUAGCUUAGCUGCCUCCGUCUGUCCUGGACUAAGACGAGCUGGUUCCGCGGUGAAUCUUCACCGAGCUCUGGCCGAACUCACAGACGGUGCGUGUUUGCAGUUGUGUUGAUGUUUGCAGAGAAACUAAAGCAUGAGCGUCCCCCGGGCUCUGAGGAUGGGACCAGAGCUACUGGAGGCAGGAUCUAGAUGUCACAUGGUGCUGUGAAGAACCAUGGGUAGCUGUUUAAGCUGUCCAGAGAAAGAGUCGAUCCCAGAUAAUCAUCAAACUAAAUUCAAGGUGAUCAAUGUGGAUGAUGAUGGGAAUGAGCUGGGCUCUGGUGUGAUGGAGCUGACCGACACCGAGCUCGUCCUCCACACCCAUCGGCGUGACAAUGUCAGGUGGCCAUAUCUGUGCCUGCGUCGCUACGGCUACGACUCCAACCUUUUCUCCUUUGAGAGUGGACGGCGAUGCCAGACAGGGCAAGGUAUCUUUGCGUUCAAAUGUGCUCGUGCAGAGGAGAUCUUUAACAUGCUGCAAGAGGUGAUGCACAGUCAUAGCAUCAGUGUGGUGGAAGAGGCAGUGCUGGAGCCUAGCCAGCAGGGGGUGCACACUCCUGCAGCUCAGGGUUACUCUGUACCCACACUUCCUAACGGUGUGACCAGGAUCCCGUCUUUUGGUGAGGCUCCGUCUCACCCCUCCACCCGUCACCCGUCUGUGGCCAGCACCCGUCUGCCCUCAGUGGGGGAGGAGUCCACACACCCCCUGCUGGUGACUGAGGAUGCGAUUCACACCUAUGUAAACACCACCGGUCUCCUUGACGACCAGAACAGCCCUCUGACUGUCACCACCCCUCUGGAAAGCCCCACCUCUCCUCAAUCACAGGCUCCUCCCACUCCCCCUCCUCCCCCCAGGGUUCGCAGCGAGCCCCUGGCUCCGCCCCCACAGUCGGAGCCUCAGGUACUGCUGGAGCCUCAGGGCGUGCGCUUCGUGCUCGGCCCCACCCCCGUCCAGAGACAGCUCAUGGAGAAACGGCAGCAGGAACAGAAAGAGGCGGAGCCACCAGAAACUAACGGUCACGUUGAGGCUGCUGCCAAACCCGACCCGGUCCCCCAGCACUCCAAUAGCCCCGCCUCUAAUCCAUCGACGGCUCCGCGUCGCCACCGCCCGCCCCCUCUCACACCCGACCUGCAGAAUGUCAACAACUCGGCUCAGCGACGCACCGCCCUGCUGGACUACGAGAACCUGCCGGCACUGCCACCGGUGUGGGAGGCGAGGAAGCCGAGCGCGGAGGAGGAGGAGAAUGGCUGCGGCGCCAUGAAGACGCCGUCGCUCAACGGUUACAAUCACCACAGUCUGCUGCACCACUCCUUCUCCCACCCGCUGUCCGCCGCCCUCGAGUCCUCGCACAACUACGUCAACACAGAGAAUGUGACGGCGCCGCUCAGUGCGCACCGCCCGGACACGGCCCGGCGCCGCUCUGACGCACCCACCAUCUUUAACUUUGACUUCCGCCGGCCGCCGCUGCCGGGUCAACCUGACCCACCCAAAACGCUCAACUACAUCGAGGUGGAGAUGGACAGCAGCGUGGCCAACAGAGGCGCCUCUGACGGCAGCAACCCUCACACACCACGCACACCCACCUCCCCGCUGCCGCCCACCACGCCCACCCGCCGCACCGAGCUUUACGCCCUCAUCGACAUCGAGCGCACCGCAGCCAUGUCCAACCUGCAGAAGGCUCGGCCACGGGACGACGGCACGUCACGCAAGACGAGACACAACAGCACAGAGCUGCCGACCAAGAACUCUGCGUGACACUUCCUGUUCGCCGGUGAUGACACCGCUGCUGCUGCAGGUCACGCCGCCGCCGACGACCCACCCACAGACUCCACCUGAUCCAGGCCAACAGGACUUCCUGUGAGGUCACCUGCUGAGGUCGACCCUGAAAAAUGAAGUUGGCCACGGGUCAGAGAGCAGUGGCGACGUGUGUCGCUGAGCGUGGGCGGCGUCCAUCUUGAUGUUUGUAUGGUACAGAUCAGUAUUACUGAACAAAGCAUUCCAGUUAGCCUUUUAUACGAGUCACCACAUGCUGCUGUAAGUCACAUGGUACGCGUAUGUACAAUAAAUGUCUGUUUUUAUUUGUAUCUGUGGAGGACACGCCUCCUGCCCCGCCUCAUACAUGAUGUCACUUCCUGGUGGUUACACAUUUUUAUAAACAAAUGAACUGACGAUUGGUCGCUAACAGUUUUGAUAAUAAAUAUUCAUAGUUUGUAUUUUUUGCACAAAAUGUUUUUUGCUGAAAUGUUUUUCUCUGAUCGGUCUGAUCAGUGAUCAAUAAAUCACCUGGUCUAUUCAA